CGCCCUCGGACUUACUCGGGUCAAUCCAGAAGCGGAAUCCGGAAGGGCUCCGCCCCCUGGCCUGGCGGCCCGCCCCGGGGUCCCCGGAGCCUCUUUCAGCGCUCCUUGGCGCUGGGCCCAGGGCGGAGAGCUGCGGGAAGGCUGGCUGUGCCGACGUGGCUCCGCCGAGGGUCCCCAUCUCCCAGCGGCCGGGGGUGCAGUGGGUCCCCCGAGCUGGGGGCGCCGACGCCCUUCUCACGCUCCGGGAGGUCUGCUGCACAGUGCUGAUAGUUUCGCGGUUUGAAAGUUGUCCACAAAGCGUAGUGGCAGAUUCCAGUGGAUUUUUUCAUGAGGUAUCGAGCUCCUGUUGCUGGAAGCAUUUAGGCCAAAGCUUGGAGAUGUUGGACCAGAGGAUCUCUGAGGGUCCUAUCCAAAUGAGAUUUGAAUCUCAUUCAGACACAAUCAGAAAACUGAAGGAUGUCUCCAGGAAAAAAAAAUGUAUGAUUCUCUGAAAACUGGCGCUGGUCCCUUCCGAUGCCUGUCAUUUGAUAGAAGGCUAAACUAUUUGCCAAGAUUUGAAAGGCCUUAGCAUAUUCAAAGGCAAGGAACAUUUUAAUCUUCAACUCAAGCUUCUUUCUUCUCUUUUGGGAUUAACCAAAAGGGAGAUUAUUUAGCUCAUUUCUGACAAAAGAAAAGCCUCUGGUCAAGAUGUAAACAAGGAACCUGUUUUUAGUAGGGCUAAAGAAAACCGAAUGGAUCAACAAUCCUUAACAAUGCCUCCAGUGCAAUUUCAAGAGCACGUGGGAAAGACCUUGAUGUUCCUGCUGGGUCUCUCUCACCCGUGUAACUGGCCCCGAAAUCCUACCUGCUGGCCUUCACUUCUUUCAGUUCAUGUUUUUAACUCCUGACAAUGGGAAUCAAUCACUUUGGGAAAGGCCACCGGUAAUCUCAUGGUAGUCUUUCCUAACUUAGUAUAAGUGAAGGGUCAGAUUGCGAAGCAAGGAAACCCCAGAGAGCUUGGGAUAAAGGGUGGCCAAAGUCUGCUUUGAGAACAGUGAAUCAUCUCCCCCUUCUUUCAGCCUCUUUCUCAGUCUGCCUCCCAGGCGCCAUGUCAGGCCAGGAGCCAGAGCAGUCCCAGGCCCUCACCAAGCCGGCCUUCAGCGAGCUCCAAGCCUCUGCAUUGGUGGAGUCAGUGUUUGGGCUCAAGGUGGCCAAGAUCCAGCCUCUGCCCAGCUAUGAUGACCAGAACUUCCACCUGCACGUUCUGAGUGGCGACCCCCGGGAGUAUGUCCUCAAAGUGAACAACACAGAGUCCAGCAGGAACGCAGACCUGAUAGAGGUGCAGAGCCGCGUCAUGAUGUUCCUGCAGGCGGAGGGCUUUCCCACAGCCACUGUGCACCCCACCAAAGGAGGCAGCCUGACCUCUCUGAUGUCCCUCGACAGUGGCUCCGAGACCAAAAGUUACCUGCUGAGGCUGUUUACAUACCUGCCAGGAAGACCCAUAGCCCAGGUUCCUGUCACUCCAAAGCUCUUAUAUGAGGUUGGCAAACUGGCGGCUCAGAUGGACAGAAGUCUGGAGAAAUUCCGCCAUCCAAAGAUAGGCAGCCUGCAUCGGGGGGACUUCAUCUGGAACCUGAGAAAUGUUCCUCUUCUAGAAAAAUAUAUUCAUGCCUUGGACCCAAGCAAAAACCGAGAGAUGGUGGAGCAGGUGCUCCUACGCUUCAAGGAUGAGAUCGUGACAAAGUUAAACCAUUUUCGAGAAUGUUUCCCUGCUCUCCUUUCAGGCAUAAAUCACGGAGACCUAAAUGGCUACAACAUCUUGGUGGAGGCCAGCGGUGAGGCUUCUGGAGACCCAGCGUAUCGUGUGUCUGGCAUCCUGGACUUUGAGGACAUGAGCCACGGCUACUAUGUGUUCGAGAUAGCCAUCACCAUCAUGUAUAUGAUGAUGGAGAGCAAGGACUCCCUGGCUGCGGGGGGCCACGUCCUGGCCGGCUUCGAGAGCGUCAUCCCACUGACAGCCGAAGAGAGGGGGGCCCUCUUCUUACUGGUGAGCAGCCGGUUUUCUCAGUCACUUGUGAUGUCUGCCUACACGUGCCAGCUCUACCCCGAGAACAAGGACUACCUCAUGAUCACUGCCAAAACAGGCUGGAGACACUUGCAGAACCUGCUUGAAACCGGUCAGAAGGCCGUGGAGGACAUCUGGUUUGAGACCGCCAAGUCCUACAGAGCCGGAGCGCUGUAGAGACACCAGCAGGACAGGCGGGGCGCACCGUUCGAUCGAGAGCCGGUGGGACGGGAGGACGGCAGAAAGCCUCCGCAGGCGCCUUCUCAGACCACUUGUGAGCCGUCACUGCCACUAGUCCAACAAGGAGAGCUCCCUUUUCUACGGUGUAAACAGGCCGAGCCUAACUUCCUGUUUCCAUACACUGAGACUGAACUAGGUGAAGUGAUUAAUACUGCUAGUGAACACUUAUCUAUGGAAUUCUCACAUAAUCCAAUUCUCAUGAGACUGAUGUUAGGAAAUAUCGGAUGAAGCGGAGGGAGCUCGGUGUCUGGCGGCAGCAUCUCCUUAAAACACUACUUUGAUCACAGAUUUCCCCAUUCAAAAAUCUCCAUUAGCUCCCCAUUACCCAUAGAUAAAAUCCUGAUGUUCCAAGCCCUUCCUAGCUGGACUUCUGAGAGCUCAUUCAUGUUCUCCAUUUCUGUCUUCAAGAACCAACCCUUUAAUCUUGUCCACAUCUUUCUUCAAAGGAUACUUCGCUGAGACAUACGAGAAGACCCUUCAUCUUCAUCUGAAGAUAUGAGAUAUCACAGAGGUGGGGUGCCAGUGAUGGGAACAAUACUGUUCUCUGGGUGUGGAACGUGGAACAGAAAAUCCAUUUCUUCAAUAUAUUAAUGAAAUUUGAUGAAUUUUUCUUCCUCUAAAAAAAAUCUGUCAUCAUUAAUUUCUUUAUAAACCCCAAGCACUAAAUAAAUCCUACCUGUAUUAAAACUAAAAAUAAACAAAGCCAUUCCAAGA